GCAGCGCGACGCUCUUAACUAUUCAGCCAAGGCGGACGGAUCGGAUCGGAUUGGAUCGGAAUAUGGAAUGGAGUGUGGUGUAGUGGCGCUGAGCGGAGCGGUGAAGAGCGUAUGGCUGGCAGUAUGCGCGUGGCAGCGACAGAGAGCGGACGAGCAACGGACGACCCAGCAGAGCGCUAUCCACCACCCCAGAGACCCCCAACCCCACAGCACACAGGCCACAAGCACGCGCCACGCCACACAACACACAAAACAACAACAAUAUAACACUCCACAUAGGCGAGGGGUCUCCAUGCAUCUGUCUAUUGGCUGAACAACAAAUCGGAACCACAUUUCAUGAAGAUGGACUUUGAGAAGAUAUUGGGCAAGUGUGGCGACUGUCAUCGCUAUCAGUUCAUGCUGCUGGCGCUCUACGGCUUCCUAAUGUUCGUCGUCUCCAGGCACUACUUUGCCCAGAGUGUGAUUAGCUUCGUGCCCGUCCACUGGUGCUACCAUCCAGCGCUGGAGCAUCGCAGCUUUGAGGACAUUGCCAAAAUCUAUUCGCAGUUUGAGAAUCCCUCCUGCACGCGACUGGCAUCGAUCGAUGCGGAUGGAGGCAAUGCCACGGCGAGCAGCGAGCCCUGCGUUCGUUGGAUCUACAACUAUGAUUAUGGUUUUAGGAGCAUGAAUGCAGAACUCAAUUGGGUCUGUGAUUCCGCCUACAAGGCGCGCGUGGGCCAAUCCUUGUUCUUUGUGGGUUCCAUGUGUGGCACGCUGGUCUUUGGCCUGCUCGGCGACUCCAUUGGACGCAUCAGGGCAAUGAUUUUGGCCAACUUGUGUGGCUUUGUGGGCGACUCUGCCACGAUCUUUGCCCAGAGCUUAGUGACAUUCUCAGUGAGUCGGCUCGUGUCUGGAUUAGCGGCCGAAGCCAACUCCUACCUGAUGUAUAUUCUGGCGCUCGAAUAUGUAUCGCCUGCGCUGCGAAAUACUGGCCUCAACAUAAUUAUGAGCACAUGUUACUGUCUGGGCAUGAUAAGUGCCUCUUGGCAGGCCGUCUGGGUGGGGGAGUGGCGCGUAUUUAUGGCCUGGUCCGCCCUGCCUCCGCUGCUCGUCACCCUCUUCUACUUCCUGGUGCAGGAGAGUGCCCAGUGGCUGGUCACACGCCACGACAUCGAUGGCGCUGUGCUGCGCCUGAAGCGCGUGGCCAACUUCAAUAGGCGCGAGGUCAGCGAGGAGGACUUUGAGCAGUUUCGCAUCCACUGCAAGGGGAAGGAAUCGGCCAUGCAGAAGCAGUCCAAGCUGAUGGAUGCCCUGAAGACGCCUCGUCUGCGCAACAGAAUGAUCCACGUUUUGGUGGUUUUCACCAUCAUUACACUCUGCUACAACACCAUGUCCCGCAAUGUGGAGGGUCAGGGCAUUUCGCCCUUCAUAAUGUUCACGCUGUUCGCCCUGACGCUGCCGCCCUCGGGCCUCUUUCAGGCCCAGGCCCAGAGGAGUGUCGGCCGCAAGUUUACGGCGGUGAGCAGCAUGGUGGCCACUGGUCUUAUGACUGCAGUCUGCGGCAUUAUGCUGUCCUUUUGGCAGCAGCCCAGCACCCCCGUGCUGGUGACCCUCGCUUUGAUCUCGCGGUUCGGAAUCUCAGUCUGCACUGGGGCCACCAUGCAGAUAUCCGCCGAGCUGGUGCCCACCUGUGUGCGGUCUGGCAUCCUGGCCGUGGCACAUGUGGCCGGUGCGGCAUUCUCCUUCGUCUCGCCAUUCAUCCUGCAUCUGGACACAUAUUUUCGGGCUGCCUCCUCGAUUAUUAUCUGUCUCUUGCUGUUUGUCAGCGCGUGGAUUUGCCUGCUCGUGCCAGAGACCCGCAACAAGAAGCUGCCCAUGUCCCUGGCCGAGGGUGAGCAGUUUGGCAAGGGGGAACGCAUGUUUGACUUCCUGCGUCGCCAACAGAGGGAAGCCGAUGAUGAUCUCAGUGUCGAGAAGAAUCAGAAACUUAUGCCCGAAUAAACCAGCUGUGUGUGUG